AUGUGUCUGCUAACGGCCUUUGUUGACCUUAACAAGGCAUUCGAUACUGUGAGCAGGGAGGGACUAUACGCUGUGCUGCAGAGGAUUGGCUGUCCACCGAAGCUGUUAAACCUAAUAAGGCUUUUCCAUGAAGACAUGAAAGCCUCUGUUGUUUUUAAGGGCAAUACAUCUGACCCGUUUGACAUGAGAAGAGGGGUCCGGCAGGGUUGUGUACUAGCACCAACGCUGUUCGGUAUAUUUUUCUCUGUACUCCUCAAAGUUGCGUUCGGAGAUAAUCAACAAGGCAUACACCUUCACACCAGGGUGGAUGGUAAGCUCUUCAAUAUUUCGCUCCUUAAAUCCAAAAAACAUCGCCAGGAUAUUAUCGUUGAUAGCUUACUGUUUGCGGAUGAUGCAGCAUUUGUUGCUUCAAGCCCAUCGCAACUUCAGGAAAUGCUGGAUAGGUUUAAUAAAGCUUGUAAGCAAUUCUCUAUGUCAAUCAACGAAAGGAAGACGGUAAUUAUGACGCAAGGGAUUACUGAGAUACCCACAAUCUCACUGGAUGGUUCACCACUGGAGGUUGUUGAAAACUUCUGCUACCUGGGAUCCACAGUCACAAAUAACCUUUGCCUGGACGCCGAAAUAAACAGCCGCAUCGGUAAGGCCUCUACGAUGUUCGGGAAGCUGAGCGCAAGAGUUUGGCACAACAAAUAUCUAACAGUUAAGACUAAGAUUAUUAUCUACCAGACAUGCAUCUUAUCCAUACUCUUGUAUGGCGCGGAGACCUGGACAUCGUAUGCUAAACAGGAGCGGAGAUUAAACAACUUCCAUAUGCGCUGUCUCCGGCGCAUUUUGGAUAUUUCUUGGAAGGAUCGAGUAACAAACGAGAAGGUGCUUAGUAUGGCGUGCAUACCUAGCAUAACCGCACUUCUUAAACAAAGAAGAUUGCGCUGGCUAGGGCAUGUGCAGCGGAUGGAACCUUCUCGUUUGCCAAGACAAACUCUCCUCGGCCAAAUAUCAGAUGCCAAGCGACCAGUUGGGCGGCCAUUGUUGCGAUUUAAAGAUAGCGUUAAACGCGACAUGGUAUCGUUUAAAAUCGACCCGAACAUCUGGGAAAAACUCUCUGAUGACCGUGAUAGUUGGAGGAAAAAAAUAUCCGAUGGAGUGGUCGCGCAUGACAGUGCCUGGUUCGAUCUGCUCUCCAAAAAACGCGAUCUACGUCACCAACGAAUGGCACAGCCUCCAACAUCACCAGGAACUCAAUUCGUCUGCGGACGUUGCGACCGGCGAUGUCGCUCCCGUAUAGGCCUUGUUAGCCAUCAGCGCAAGUGCCAAAGCCAAACCACCUGA